AUGGAUAAAAACAAACUUGUAGAUUUUCCCGGAGAGCCCAAGCUGAACGCCGGCUCAUGUGCGUACGAACGACAUCAGUUAGUUGGUGCCCCAUCAUGCUUCGCCAAAAAGAAGGGAAAGCUUUUUCUCUUGGCAAGAGAACCCCUGGAAGACACCAUAAACCGCGCAUGCAUGGACAGUCUACACAUUGCAGAAAGAGUCAAAGGGGAAAUAAUUUGCGAACAGUUCCACUUGGUUCUUGUCCUGUGCAUGCAAAUACUGAAGGCAAGAAAGGCGCAAAACAAAUUUAACCAAGGCAUCGAUGAGAAGGUCGAAAAGGCCAUUUCCGCGGCGACCGAAUUGUAUACCUUGAUAGAGAAGGAAAGCAAAAAUAAGAACAAAAAGUAUUUGCAGAAACUAUUCUCCAUGUGCGACACGCUGUCUCAUUUGUUAAUGAAAAACAAUGAGGACAUUGUGGCUAAGCAGUGGGGGGAGGAACUACCCACGCCAAGGGAUGGUGACAUGUGUGGGGCUUCUGGCGAGGACACGCUGACCGAGGAUGAAGAACCCCAUCAAGAGAAGGAGACACGGACAGGUGUAAAUUUGAAAAGGACUAAGCAAAAGGAGCCUCCAUGUGAAGAAACGAAUGGAUUACCGGAUGGCACACAAAAUAGAGCAGCAGCGAAAGAGGAGUAUACACAUUUGGAAGGACUCCUAACCCCACAUGAUGACACCUACUUAGAAAACGAUUUCACAACGCGAAACAGCAUCCGAUGUUUGUACGCGGCUGAAGAAUUAAACGAGACAGAAUACUACGACCCGCACAGGAAGAUUAAGCCAUUCAGAUUUUUCCAAUUAGGAGAUACACAUUUGGCAUUGCAGGAUAGAAAAAAAUUGAGCAAAAAAUUUAACCGCAUUUGUCAGAGUAAAUCAUACUUGUUUACGCAAAGAAGAAGCAAUACCUCCUCUCCAGUUGAGUCUCUCUCUAAGGGAGGAAUGAAUCCUUUAAGUGAUUUGAAAAAUAUCCUGUUAGGAAUAAAUAAAACGAUCACCACCUUUGGCACCGAUAAAUAUGGCAAUAUAAAUGCCACCAUUGAAUUCUUUACACCAUACGGAGGGAAGGAAAAAAAUAUUAUCAGCAUGAAUGAGUACGAUUAUUUCUUUUGCAGCAGCAGUGAGGAGGAGGAGUCGGAGGUGCAGGAUAGCACAGACGGACAGCUACAACAAGGUACAACCCAAAAAGGGCACACCUUUUUCAACAGAAAUAACGUCUUCUAUGUAGGAAAUAAAAAAGUCAUACUGAAUAGGAAAAAAAAAGAAAAAAUAAUUUUCCAAAUAGAUCCCAGUGGUAUUUUAAUAAAGGACAUUUUCAUAAAAGGAAAAAAAAAUGAAAACUUUUUAAAAAAAUCGUUUAAGGAAAACGAGUGGUCAGAUGACCAUGUCGACUUCUGCUACCUGAAUGAACAGAAAAAAAAGGAAAAAAUUGUCAUCACAAAAAGGAGAGACGGCAUAUGCAAACGUAUAUUUCGGGACCACGAACUGAAUGGCAAACGGGAAUCUUUCGACUUUUACAAAAGAAGCAUCUUCAGCAUUAGGGAAGUUCAUCUGUAUGACGACGCAGAGGCCAUGGCGUUUCGCAUUCUCAAACGAAGCCAGACAGACGACCAAAAAGAGCGCGAAAAGGGAAAUGUUGAGAAGGAAAGAAAAAUAAUUAAAGGCGCACAGAGAGCCAAGGUUACUCGAACUAAUCGCACCCCUGUCCACACAAAUGAAUGGUCACUUGAAAAGGGAGGAGAAGGCUGCCCAGGGAGUAGUAAAGAAAAUUCGCUGGAGAGCAUUUUUUCAAAGUUGAAAAGGAGGAAGGAAAAAUACCUCAAGGCUAUUUACCUUUGCACUGAUACGGAGACGGGUCCCAUUAGGAAAUCGCAAAAUUUGAGACGAAUCAAAAUGCACCUUAAUGGGGGGCAUGGGAAGAAGCAGCCACUGGGCAAGGUACAUCUCGCCAAAGGGCAAAAAGCAGUCCAUUCAAUUUCACCUCAGAUAAAUCCCCCCCUAUGGGAAUCCCAAAUCGGACAGGUAAAGAAGCCAAAAAGGCUUCGCAGAGGGGGGGCCGAUGUGCUGCUUCGAAAGUGUAUUGGCUCAACAGCUAAGAAAAAAGGGGAAAUGGACAGAGGCGAUAAGGUGAUAGGGAAUGAAAAAUCGAAAUUGGCUCAGAAGGGCAAAAGGGGUGAAAAAUUCCAAACAGAUACACAACCCCUACGCGGCGUCUUCACCGCGAAGAAAGGAGGUCACCCAAUCAGGGGCUUUGGCCAGCUCACCAACAAGGGCAACAACAUUAAGCUAGGUGACAACUCCAUAAUAUGUAACAAAAAGGAUAAUGCAUAUAUGAACAUAUACAAAGAAGUAAAAGAAGGUAAAGAAGUAAAAGAAGGUAAAGAAGUAAAAGAAGUACAAGAAGGAAAAGAAGUAAAAGAAGUAAAAGAAAGCAAAGAAUCUGUGGCGGUUGCAACCUACUCACUGGCCAAGUUAGCAUCCAUUAUAGAAAAGAGUCACGCGGAGGGAGAUAAUCCUGAGACACAUAGUCACAAAAGAAUGGACACAAAAAUUGAAGAAUUUGUCUUUAACGAAAAUUUAAAAGAUAUAAGCAUUACGUCGCAUAAUGUGAGUAGGAAGAGUUCAAAAAAUUGCAUUAAGUAUCAUCUACCCCAGGGGCAGGUCGCCCAGGGGGAGAUUGCCCUGGAGGGAAGCGAUCACAAUUUGAACGAACUAAAUGAACGCAGAGAAGCCUCUGGGGGAGGAUCCCAUGGACCAGAAAAUGUCCAACCAAAUGAUUACUCAAAUUAUAAUGGAGGGGAUGGCAUUAAGGUAAGCUCACCAAGGUUCAAUACAGAAGACGCAAAGCUGAAUGGGGAAGACGGACCCAUAAAUUCUCCAACAUACGUAUUACCUAACAAUGCUGAUGAUACAAUUGAUAAUAAUAUUUUGAAACAGACUUCCAAUUCAUUGGGUGAACAUUCUAGGAGUCCCUCCGCGGACAUGUCGAAAAAUGCUUCAGCGAAUUUGCGUGACCAUGUAGAGCGUCAACUGAGUGACUCGCUGAGCAGGCAAAGGGGCCACCAACAGAGUCAACAUGUGAGCCGCCAAUCGAGCCAUCAACUGAGCAGCGGAUUAAAAUCAGACCCUGAGGAAUCAAAGGAGGCACAACACAUAGCCAGCGCAUCUUCGGUUGCAGUGAGGACGGAGGAAGAUUUUCCGAAAAAGGGGUUGCAACAAGUGAAUGGACCUUUGGAGGAAGAAAAGAAAAAAGGGCAACAGUAUCUCAGCAGGGGAUUCCAGGCCUACGUUCACAUAGUGUUAUCCGAAUCGAACGUCGUCACGAGAAAGUGCACCGUUCUCUUUGACUAUGCUUCUAACAAAGUCAGCAUAGUAAGAAACAGAAAAGUAUUUAAUAUUGAUGUGGAUAAAUUGUAUGUUCAGGAAAUACCAACCCAUGAAGUUGGCUUAGGCGUGGUAGAAUUGGUACUUCCGAAAAAGAGGUCCAGGGUGCUGCUACUAGAAUCUCGCGAUCUCGUGGGGUUGCAGAAUUUAGGGGAUGAAAUUGGCUGGAUCAGCACCCCGAAUGGUUUGCACCUGCGGGGCAUCUCGUUGGACACGCAAAGGACCGAGCCACAGGAUGUGGAAGCAGGAAUAAAGGAUAUCACAUACAAGCUCAAUAACCAUUGUAAGGAAAGGCCUAAGGGGGGGGCCCUAAUUGAUAGAGUGAAGUUAUGA